AUUUGUUCAGAAUUUCUCCAGUCUCACCACUUUCCACCUGAGUUGUAUGUGUUUUCCUGCUACGGAGGAUCUAAUGACUGCACUCUGCUCCUGCAAACAACUGAGAGAAAUUGUACUCCACAUACAACAGAUGUCAGAUGAUGCACUAACAGCUUUGGUGUCUUCCUUACCCGGUAUCACAACUCUGCAGAUCCUGGACCUGAGCAGUCAGUAUUUCACAAGCACCAAAGCAUCAGAAGCCUUUGCUAAUUCUUUGGGGUUGCUUAAUCAGCUACAAGUUCUCAAACUUCCCCAAGGAGAGGGAAUAACUGCCACUGCAAAAUCCAUUGUCCAUCAAUUUUGGCAUCUGCCACACCUCACACAUCUGAAAUUUGCAAACACUUUAAAUGAUGAUGGUGUGCUGGAACUGGCAAGUGUAGCAAAAGCUAAAGCCCUUUGUAGACUACAGAAGCUUGAUCUCUCAACCAACCUGAACAUCACAGAUUCUGGAUGGAAAGAUUUUUUCCUUACACUAGAUGAAAUGAAAUGUCUACAGCAUUUAACUCUGAGCACAGCAUACACUUGUCCACUAAAACCUCAUCCAGCAACAGUCAGGGCAUUUGUCCAGUGUGUCUCUAGACUACCUAAUCUGGUGAAUAUUCAUAUGCUUGGUUGGCUGCUGGAUGAACAGGAUUUUAACAUGUUUAAUGACAUGAAGAAGUAUCACCCACAAUCAAAAAGGAUGCAUGUUCACUGGCAAUGGCUGCUGCCUUUCCAAACUGCUAUAAACUAGUUACACUGGACCUGCAGGAAAUAACGGUUGGAAACUGAUGAUUAAAGAACAUUAUGCAUAACAUAACGUGCCUUAUAUUUACUAAUGGCAUCAUCACCUCUAGGACAGUUUCAUCGAUUUACUUCCUGAAGAGGCCGCAGAGGCAAGCUAAACAAUGAAACAUACCUCUUACUGAGUUAUACUGGAGAAGGACUCAAGAUGGACAUAAUAUAAAAGGAGUCACAGUUAAUAUUUUUAAACACAUUUUAUAGUUAGGAUACUCUGAAACUUACAACUGAAAAGCACGUCAAUCACUUUGCCUCCAUCCUGUCUGCAAAGGAGAAAAAUAUCUCCUGUGUAUUCAGUCUUAUUUCUCACAUUGGAGUAAAAGUGAAAUUAGUGUUUAGCAUGAACACGUUUCUAUUGCACUAGUCUGAAGUUUACACAUGAAGGAAACAAAGGAUCUUCUAAACAUACUGCUGUAUAUAAACCAAUAAGGAAUACACUACUUUGUUUCACAAGGGUACUGUAAAGUGUGGAUAUUUUGAUGUGACAGGUUAAAAUUAAUGUUUAUAUAUUCUAGAUUUGGUACAUGUAUUCAAUAAGAAAUAUAAUAGCAUGUCAAACCAAAAGAGUUUCAUAUACAUAACUUUGUAUGCAUGCAGAAUAUUAUAUAAGGGGAAACUGUUCCCAAAGUGAAGGAGCAAGUAAAUAAAGGAGCAAAUAGGAAGAAUAAGUCAUUAUGCUAUGCAAAAGUAUAUGUAAAUGUUCCUCGCAAUCAUUUAAGUUUGUGGAUUUAGAGACAAAAAAAGUUUCAUGUUGGAAAAAUUGAUAAUGCUUUGUUAUAAAACAAAAUGUAGUUAUGAGCCCAAUCAGGAGGAGUGCACAUUGAAUUUGAUCUUAAUAACAUUUUCCUUUAUGUUUUUAUUACAUAAAAUUGAGAUUAAUGCAGUAAUAAUUAAUGUACACUAAGUGUUUAGUUCUUUCUAUCCUGUUUACAUGGCUGUGCUUUUAAAUGUGCAUUCAGUAACUUGUAGAAAGCAAAAUGUAAAAGAGUGUUUGAUAGAUAAUAAUGAAGAUUUUUUUAACCAAU